AUGCUGGCCAAAUCUAUUGCCAUGUCCGCCCUGAUCGUCAUGACCCAUGGCCACAUCAUUAUGACCAACCCCGUACCCUUCAGCAAAGCCAAGCUCUCCCAGGCCCCUCUAGACGAUAACGGCUCCAACUUCCCUUGCAAGAACGGCGGAGGGUUUGAUGCCUACGAGUUGCAAGGUGCGAGCAACGUUUACGCACAGGGGAGCAAGCAGACCAUGAAGUUUAAAGGAACAGCUGUCCACGGCGGUGGUUCCUGCCAAGUCUCCGUCACCACCGAUCUCAAGCCCACAAAAACUUCUGUUUGGAAGGUGAUCAAGUCCUUUGAAGGAGGAUGCCCUGCCAAGGACCAAGUGGGCAAUAUGCCUGUGACUCCGAGCGCAGAGUAUCCGAUCCCCGAGGGCUACGAUUUCACCAUUCCCAAGGAGCUUUCUGCCGGCAACUACACUCUUGCCUGGACCUGGUUCAACAGGGUCGGCAACCGCGAAAUGUACAUGAACUGUGCUCCCCUGACCGUCACUGGCUCCGCUGGCUCGCCGGACUUCAUGAGUGGUCUUCCUGACAUGUUUGUCGCCAACAUCAACACGUGCAAACUCAAGGAAGGCUCUGAUCUUGAGUUCCCCAACCCUGGCACCGACGUCGAGAAACAUCCGCUCAAGGUCGGGAGCGCGGAUCAACAAAAGCCGAUAAAACCUGCGUGUCCCGAUGUUCCGGGAGGAGGAGCCCCCAAAGCUGCCCCUAGCGGUGGGAGCGCUCCUGCGCCUAGCACAGCCAUGCCUGCCCAGCCUACGGCUUCAGCUCCUGGCGCCGGCUCUUCGAUCGGUACCCCUGGCGGCUUCGCCACUUCCGUCGGCUCCCAGCCGGCGCCCACUCCGGCGCCCACUCCGGCGGCCCCCGCUGGUAGCUCUGCUGGCGCUGGCAGCCAAGCACCUGCUCCCGCCGCCCCUUCCGCCGGCAGCCAAGCACCUGCUCCCGCCGCUCCUUCCGCCGGCAGCCAAGCACCAGCUCCCGCCACCCCUUCCGCCGGCCCCAGCCCCGGCGGCGGCGGCGGCCACCCGCCCAACACUGCCUGCACCGUCGAUGGUCAGUGGAACUGCAUCGGCGGCACGUCCUUUCAGCGCUGCGCCGCCGGCAUGUGGUCUGCCGUCCAACCCAUGGCGGCCGGUGUCUGCUGCCAGCCGGGCGAGUCUUCCGAUUUCAAGAUGUCAGCUGCCCCUCCGGCGGCAAAGCGCGCUUUGCGCCGCGCUGCUCGCGCUGAUGCUUGA